AUGAUGACGAGCUCUGUGGGGCAAAGGAUAUACAUGGCAACCCUACUGUAUGUUGCAACACUUGUUUUGUUGUCAGAGGACAAUGUGCAGAGUGACAUAGCUAGCUACCCAACCCAGUUGGCAAGGAAGUAAGGUUACAAAGUCCACCCUUAUCAGUUGACCAUAGUGUCACAUCUCCUAGUGUGCAACAUGCUGGUUUACAUUUACAUUUUGGUAAUUUAUCAGAUGAUCUUAUCAGGUUGAUGUUUGUUUCCCCAAACAAAAAGUUGUUUACAUUAUUACAUUAUUAUUAGUCAUUUAGCAGACGCUCUUAUCCAGAGCGACAUACAGGAGAUAUUAGGGCUAAGUGCCUUGCUCAAGGGCACAUCGACAGAUUUUUCACCUAGUCGGCUCGGGGAUUAGAACCAGCGACCUUUCGGAUACUGGCACAACGCUCUUAACCACUAAGCUACCUGCCACCCGUUUACUUUCAGCAGUAGCUUGGUAUUAGUUAAAGUCUACACCUGUUUUAUUUGGCGCAUGUGACAAAUACAAUUUUAUUUGACUAGUAGCUAAUAAGCCUUUAUUCAAGUUUGUAGAAUACAUGAAUGCCUGAUAAGGCUCCUUCCUGGGUGAUGUUUCCCCUAGGUACAGAUCUAGGAUAGUCUUCCCCUCCCCCAAUCCUAACCUUAGCCAUUAGUGGGGAAAAUGCCAAAAUGACCCAAGAUCAGCGUCUACUCUAGGGGCAACUUCUUCCUUACUCCCCUGAUGAGGAUGAGGUAGAAGCUCUGUGAUCGAUGCUGCUGUCUGCCAGGUGGAAAAUGACCUGCAGUGACCUUUAUCUCCCUGUGGAUUAGAGAGGAGACAGGAGAGACACACCCAGUAACUCAUUGGCCAAGGUCAAUAACAUGCUCUGAUGCCCUUGCUCUGGCUUGGUUCAAAUACUUUACCUGGGCCAUAUUCAUUAACUGAACUUGUCCAAAAAGAAAUGCGCUUGUUUUAGUUUUGUUGCAAACCGCUACGGUGUGCACUAAAUCAAUAGGAAAUACGACCCUGGCUUACUAUCACUGAUCCAACAUGGCUGGAUAGGUGAAAGUAAAUGAUUCUACUACUUAGCUUUCACCUAUUAACAGAAACCAGAUCAGUGAUUAGGCUAUUUCAAAGAAGGGGGAGGAGGAAGGAAGGAUGCAUUUUGAGAGUACUCAAACAGGGCUAGUCUCUCACUCCCGGCCAUCCACACCACCUAGUACCUACAGCCUGCUCAUCAUGGGAUGUGGCCAAACAGGGCUAGUCUCUCACUCCUGGCCCAUCCACACCACCUAGUACCUACAGCCUGCUCAUCAUGGGAUGUGGCCAAAAUGGCAGCCUAUAUUGUGAACUUCUUUUGACCAAGGGCACCACUUUUGGUCAGAGCCCUAUAGUGCACUUACUGUAAUACUAUAUAGCCUAUAUGGGUAGUGUCCCAAAGUGAACCCUAUUUCCUUUAUAGUGCACUACUUUUGCCCAGGGCCCAUAAGGUUCUGGUUAAAUGUAGUACACCAUGUAAGGAAUAGAGUACCAUUUGGGACGUUGACAUGGUCUUGCUGAGUUUACUUGAGGCGAGAGCCAACUGACCCCCACCUCACCCGUUCUCACCGUGUGACUGGUGCUGGUGGUGGCAUAGCUAUAAACAUUGCUCUCUCACACACACACACACACACACACACACACAGCAGGCACACACACACAGGCACUCUGCCCCUCGUGGACCCAGGCAGAAAGCUAGUUUGUUUUGACAUGGCAGUCCAGAAUAGUAGAUAUAAAUAACUAACCAACAUAGUGAACAUAUCGUCCAGUGACAGAUACAGCAUGAGGGUAGCAGAGGGGUCUUGUUGGGGGUAUUUUAGGGGGUAGCAGAGGGGUCUUGUUGGGGUCUUUUAGGGGGUAGCAGAGGGGUCUUGUUGGAAUCUUUUUAGAGGGUGUCUGAGGGGUCUUUUAGUGGGUAGCAGGGGGGUCUUUUAGGGGGUAGCAGAGGGGUCUUCUUGGCAUCUUUUUAGAGGGUAGCAGAGGGGUCUUUUAGGGGGGCAGAGAGAGAGCGAGAGAUUCUACUACGAGAUCGAGAAAGAGGAAGAGAUGGGCCUAGAGAGAGGGAGAGAAAGAGGGAGAGAUAGGCCUAGAGAGAGGGAGAGAUAGGCCUAGAGAGAGGGAGAGAAAGAGGGAGAGAUAGGCCUAGAGAGAGGGAGAGAAAGAGGGAGAGAUAGGCCUAGAGAGGGCGAGAAAGAGGGAGAGAUAGGCCGAGAGAGGGAGAGAAAGAGGGAGAGAUAGGCCUAGAGAGAGGGAGAGCAGAGGGAGAGAUAGGCCUAGAGAUAGGCCGAGGGAGAGAUAGGCCGAGAGAGGGAGAGAAAGAGGGAGAGAUAGGCCUAGAGGAGAGGGAGAGCAGAGGGAGAGAUAGGCAUAGAGAGGGAGAGAAAGAGGGAGAGAUAGGCCUAGAGAGAGGGAGAGAUAGGCCUAGAGAGAGGGAGAGAAAGAGGGAGAGAAAGAGGGAGAGAAAGAGGGAGAGAUAGGCCUAGAGAGAGGGAGAGAUAGGCCUAGAGAGGGAGAGAAAGAGGGAGAGAUAGGCCUAGAGAGGGAGAGAAAGAGGGAGAGAUAGGCCUAGAGAGAGGGAGAGAAAGAGGGAGAGAUAGGCCUAGAGAGAGGGAGUACAUAAAAAUAAAACAGAAGCACUUAGUCUAGUUUGUUACAGAGUACUACAUCCCAAAUGGCACCCUAUUUCCUACAAGGCCUACAUAGUGCACUCAGAAUGAUUUCUUUACAUAGCGGAAUGAACUAGUGGCUGUUUGUUCAAAACCCAGCAAGGUAUGUGGACAGGACAGAUCUGUCAGAGGUAGGCUCUCUGUACUAUACUGCCAGUAUAAAGGACAGAUCUAUCAGAGGUAGGCUCUCUGUACUAUACUGCCAGUAUAAAGGACAGAUCUAUCAGAGGUAGGCUCUCUGUACUAUACUGCCAGUAUAAAGUACAGAUCUAUCAGAGGUAGGCUCUCUGUACUAUACUGCCAGUAUAAAGGACAGAUCUAUCAGAGGUAGGCUCUCUGUACUAUACUGCCAGUAUAAAGGACAGAUCUAUCAGAGGUAGGCUCUCUGUACUAUACUGCCAGUAUAAAGGACAGAUCUAUCAGAGGUAGGCUCUCUGUACUAUACUGCCAGUAUAAAGGACAGAUCUAUCAGAGGUAGGCUCUCUGUACUAUACUGCCAGUAUAAAGGACAGAUCUAUCAGAGGUAGGCUCUCUGUACUAUACUGCCAGUAUAAAGUAGAGUUGUUGGGAGUCUCCAGUUGAUCUGCCUGUCUCCUCCAGGUCUAGGGAUAGUGUGUGUGUCGUCUUGGUUACACCUCAGGGAUAAUUCCCAUGGUAAUCCUGGGGUUAAUUACAGAGAGGAAUCGGUAAUCUCACACACACACACACACACACACACACACAUUACAGAGAGAGGAUGACUCCCAUACUGCUAGAUCCACACAUUGUACUUUCCUAGGGCUGAAUCCUAACUUGAGAAACGUAACUUGUUGUGUUAGGUGUAAAUCAUACCAUGGCUGGUAGUCAUGUGAAGGGAGGACAGAAGGAGGACGGAGCAGGCUGUAAGGUUGUGUUAGGUGUAAAUCAUACCAUGGCUGGUAGUCAUGUGAAGGGAGGACAGAAGGAGGACGGAGCAGGCUGUAAGGUUGUGUUAGGUGUAAAUCAUACCAUGGCUAGUAGUCAUGUGAAGGGAGGACAGAAGGAGGACGGAGCAGGCUGUAAGGUUGUGUGGGGUGAUGGGUCUGCUGUGUGUAAGUGGAGAGGUUCCUCCAUAUCUAUUCCAUUAGAGGUGUCUACAGGCAGGCCAGGCAUCUACCAGUGGAUACAGAUGGCAACUAUCAAGUAUAGGGCAGGCUACUACUCAUAACACACACUAGCCCCUCCUUUAGACCAGCUCAGUUAGACGCACACUGUGUGUGUCUCUCUCUGUGUGUGUGUGUGUGUAGUUAUGACAUCAUGCCCUCUCUCCCUGUCCUGUAGUUAUGACAUCAUGCCCUCUCUCCCUGUCCUGUAGUUAUGACAUCAUGCCCUCUCUCCCUGUCCUGUAGUUAUGACAUCAUGCCCUCUCUCCCUGUCCUGUAGUUAUGACAUCAUGCCCUCUCUCCCUGUCCUGUAGUUAUGACAUCAUGCUCUCUCUCCCUGUCCUGUAGUUAUGACAUCAUGCCCUCCCUCCCUGUCCUGUAGUUAUGACAUCAUGCUCUCUCUCCCUGUCCUGUAGUUAUGACAUCAUGCCCCUCUCUCCCGGUCCUGUAGUUAUGAACAUCAUGCUCUCCUCUCCCUGUCCUGUAGUUAUGACAUCAUGCCCUCUCUCCCUGUACUGUAUUAUGACAUCAUGCCCUCUCUCCCUGUCCCUGUAGUUUAUGACAUCAUGCCCCUCUCUCCCUGUCCUGUAGUUAUGACAAUCAUGCCCUCUCUCCCCUCCCGUCCUGUAGUUAUGACAUCAUGCCCUCUCUCCCUGUACUGUAGUUAUGACAUCAUGCCCUCUCUCCCUGUCCCGUAGUUAUGACAUGCGCUCUCUCCCUGUCCUGUAGUUAUGACAUCAUGCCCUCUCUUCCUGUCCUGUAGUUAUGACAUGGUGCACUAUGGCCACUCCAACCAGCUGAGACAGGCUAAGGCCAUGGGAGAUUACCUCAUCGUUGGCGUACACACGGAUGGUGAGCGCACACACACACACACACACACACACACACACACACACACACACACAGGUAUUAAUCACAAGUAUCUCAUUCUCUGCUGUUUCUUCACUUCUCUCUCUGUUUCCCUCUGGACAACAGAACAGUAAUAUACACUAAUUUCCCUCCUCCUUCCUUCCUUCAGGAGAGAUCUCGAAGCACAAGGGUCCUCCUGUCUUCACCCAGGCAGAGAGGUAG